AAUAACGUAUUAUCUACGUUUGCUUUUUAUAACGAAUAAUCCAUGUUGUACAUAAAGAUAAAUUAAUUGAUGUUUCAAAAGUGAUUUUAAAUAGAAAAAUACAUAUAUUUUUUGGUAAAAAGGAUUUCAGAUAGACAGCACUACACUAAUGUCUAAACAUUUUCAAAAAUACUAUACAUGAAACAUUUUUUAUUUAUUAAAAGAUUAUCUCCCAAAUUGUCUCUAAUUUUUACUGUUAGCAUUGCGUCAUAAAGUUACAAUAUAGAAUAAAUAGUGGGAUCAUGUUUUAGUCUCUCACACCACCAUCCAUCAUCACUAAUAAGCUUCUUCUGCUCAAAGUUGGUUGAGCCAACUCCUUCCGUUUUCUUCUUCCUCAAGACAAACCAGCUCUUGCAAUGAAAAAGCAGUCGAAGGAGAACGCUCUCGCUCUUCAGCAGGAGAAUCUCGACCUUGAGAACCCUGAACCUUCUCGAUCCUCCGGUGGUCGGAGCUGUUCCUCUGCUUUCUCUCGUCUCGUUGGUUUCCGAUGUCUCAUCGUUUUGGUCCUAAGCUGUGCGAUUCUUCUCUCUGCGAUCUUCUGGCUGUUUCCGCGUCGAUCGGUGUCUGAAUUCAAAGCUGAUGGGACAGUUAAACUCAAUGCUUCAGUACAAGCUUCCUUUAGACUUAAAAAACCAGUUUCUGAAGUUGUUUCCCAUAAAGGAAAACUAGAGCAUGAUAUCCUUCGGAGCAUAGGUCUUUCGAACAGCAGCAAGGUGACUAUACUGUCUCUGAAUCAAUCAGGUGCAUCAAACUACACAGAUGUGGAGUUUGCAGUUCUUCCUGUCCCUCCUGACCAUGAAAUAAGCAAUCACUCGUUAAGCUUACUGCGAUCAUCUUUUGUUAAGCUGUUUGCUAAAAGAUCGAAGCUGAAACUCACCACAAAAGGUUUCGGGAAGCCAACUUCUUUUCAGGUUUUGAAAUUUCCUGGGGGAAUAACUGUAGAUCCACUGGAGCCUAUCCCUGCCUCUGGACUAGCAAUGGUUCUGUUUACCGGUACUAUCAAAAUUUCGAUAUCUAAGGUACAAGAUAGAGUGGAUCAGCUAAAUGGUCAACUUGAGCAUAUGUUGAGUUUGGGGCUAUAUGAGAGUAUUCAUUUCCAAUUCACAAAUAAACAAGGAUCUACCAUAUCACCACCGGUAACUCUUCAGGUUUGUGUUGCUUUCACCAUGAGAAGACAUCUUCAGCAGAGAUUGGACCAUUUUGCUCAGAUCAUUCAAACAUCCCGUGCUAAAAAUCUCGGUCUAGACGAGGCAGUUUUUGGAGAAGUCAAGAAUAUAACUUUCUCAACAUACCCGGAUGGCAAAGUUCUUGAUUCUGAUUUGGAAUUGGCACCAGCGCCAAAUCCUUGAUUCUGAUAUGAAGCUUCUUACCAAACUUGACAUGGCAGUUUAUCUUUACCUAUUUUAGGUACCUAAUAAUUCUUUUAGCAAGGACGUGUUAUUAAUGUCUCUUGUCUAAUAUAUUAGAGAUCGGUGACUAGUAGAUAGCACCAUCUCACUUCUAAGUAAUUUCUGGCAGAAUCUAGUUAGCUUUAGAACUAAUUGUCUCAUCGAGUUUGUAUGAAACAAAGUUCUUUAUUCUAAUGAGAUGCAGCUUGAGUU